CAGUCCAGUCCUCUCGUGUUUGCUCGUUCAGUGCAGCAGAUCCAUCGAGUCAGCCUUGCUUUACACCAUUUGCUGCAGAAAAACCAUUUUAAAAAGCGCUAUUUCGGUUUCUGUUAACCUCUAUUAUGACGUCCUUGUUGCCUUUUACCCCUCCGGUAGUAAAAAGGCUGCUUGGCUGGAAAAGAGGAGGCGAUGAAGACGAUAAAUGGGCCGAGAAAGCCGUGAAGAGUUUAGUGAAGAAACUCAAAAAGACUGGCGGCCUGGAAGAGCUAGAAAAAGCCAUCACAAACCCUGGUAUCCCUACUAAAUGUGUUACUAUACCACGCAGUCUAGAUGGAAGACUACAAGUAUCACAUCGAAAAGGCCUGCCGCAUGUUAUUUACUGUAGAUUAUGGCGAUGGCCUGACUUGCAAAGCCAUCAUGAAUUACGACCUAUAGAAGCUUGCGAUUACGCUUUUAACUUGAAAAAAGACGAAGUUUGUGUGAAUCCUUUCCAUUACCAGAGAGUAGAAACCCCGGUGUUGCCAGCAGUGUUGGUGCCUCGUCAGACCAUAGAUACACCUCAUGAACUCCAUCCCAUACCUGAAUACACAAGACCUGACAAUAUGUCGUUUCCAACGCAAGAACCAACAAACACCUUUCAACUUCCUGAAACACCAACUGGAGGAUAUAUGUCAGAAGAUGCUUGUUCAGAUAUGUCUGGUGACCAGCAACAAAACAUGCAAACAGAUCAACAGCUUUCUCCAGCACCAGAAGCUCCUCUCAUAGAUGCUCAGCCGAUUCAGUAUACUGAACCAGCUUGCUGGUGUUCUAUUGCAUAUUAUGAAAUGAAUACAAGAGUAGGAGAGACGUUUCAUGCAUCACAGCCAAGUCUAACCGUAGACGGAUUUACUGAUCCUUCAAGUUCUGACCGAUUUUGUCUUGGAUUGUUGUCUAACAUCAAUAGAAAUCCACCGAUUGAAAUGACACGGAAACAUAUUGGCAAAGGUGUACGGCUGUACUAUAUUGGAGGUGAAGUGUUCGCAGAGUGCCUUAGUGACAGCAGCAUUUUUGUUCAAAGUCCUAACUGUAACCAGAGAUAUAACUGGCAUCCGGCUACUGUUUGUAAAAUCCCUCCUGGAUGUAACCUUAAAAUAUUCAACAACCAAGAGUUUGCACAGCUUCUUUCGCAAUCAGUCAACCAAGGAUUUGAGGCUGUUUACGCACUCACCAGAAUGUGUACCAUUCGCAUGUCAUUUGUUAAAGGAUGGGGUGCAGAAUAUCGCAGACAAACAGUUACUAGUACACCUUGCUGGAUAGAACUACAUUUAAACGGUCCAUUGCAAUGGCUUGAUAAGGUUUUGACACAGAUGGGUUCUCCCUCGGCACCUUGUUCCUCCAUGUCUUAGUUCUGACAAUGUUACAUUUUAAUAUGGUGUCAGCUGUUAGUUGUGUGUUUGAUCAUGAUGAGCAUGAUGUAUGACACAAGGAUGAUCAAAUGACUUUUCUGUCAUACUUCCAGUUGUGGUUUACAUCAUUUUGUUUCAGUUUGAAACGCUAAAGAUAUGUGAGUAUCUUAUUUAAAAUGGUGCAACAUGCCGAGGCAGAGGUAAUAUCCUGUAUGAACCAAUAGGAAAAGUACCUCGUGAUAUUCUAGAGAGUAUUAAAACUGGGUAGGGUGGACUUGGCAUUGCAGUGUAUUGUGGGACUGUUAACUACUGCUAACAGUUAACUGUAUACGAAGCACUCAAUAAGCUAGCUCAUCGCUAUAUCACUUAACAAUUCCACCCUUAUAUAUCUACUCGCAGCCUUCGCUCCAGUACGAGAAACAAUCAUGAUUCCAAGAUCCAAUCUCAUUUUACAUGGUGACUUCCCUUCUCUGCAUUCGAGAAAAGUUAUAACUAUUAUUUAUUUCCAAGAUGGUGUUGAUUUCGUUCCCUUAAACAGUCCCGCAAUGCAUUUCACUGCCAACUUCACCCAGUUUUUUCCUCAACCUAGAAAUGGCUAAUAUUGACUAACAUUGUUUGUGCCUUUCAUGAGAGAGGACAUUGCUUUGUUGUGUAACCAUAGCUACCAAGAAUACUUACCCUCAGAGUUAUUUUUUAUUAUCAGUUGGAUAUGGAUAUUAGUGUUUUCCACAAUCACUAAAUGGGUAGAAUUAUUUUUGGGUAAAGUUUGUAAAUGUUUUUUUUAAUCGCUAAAAAUUGCAAAGUUACAUUAUUUAGAUCGUAUUACUAUUUGAAUUCCUUUGCAAGCUAUGUUGGUGGUGUCAACUGCAAUUCUCUGUCCAAUUUUAAGAAAGAAAAAUAUAUUGCUUUGAUUGCAGAGAUACAGCUUUUAAGUUCCAAUCAUCUGCAAAACUCACUAGGGUUAAGAGGUAAUUGGCAGCCUGUGUUCUUUGUUAGCACAUAACAUCAUAGUUGUCAUCUUGGUUAUCAUUCUAUUGUAUAUCAACCAACAUGGCUGCCAUGUCUUUCGUUUUUUCACCCCCUUGGGAAUGCUUGAAAACCAGCAUUAGCUAACUAUAUUUGUAUAUGAAACAUAAUGUACUAAACUUAUCUUAGGUAUAUAUAUGCUUCGCUUUCUCGCUGGAGAUUUCUUAUAUAGUCUAGAUUUAUAAACUUUGUUGGAGUUUUAUACUGGGUGUCGGCAAGGUUACUAUAAUUAUAUCUACAGCUGUAUCUUAUAGUCAAGACAUAUUGCUAUGGAGAUGCCUAGUAGAUGCUGUGUCUUAAUCAUCAAGGACUCGGUCUUCUAGAGCAAGUAAUGUCAUACUGUAAAGGUCAAUAGAUCAUUGAUGGAAAAUAUAUAUUUGUGGGAGAUAUGGUACACUAGAAUGCUACUUGUCAUAUCCAGGUGUUUAUGUAAAGCCAUUAAACCAUCAGUUUACUAACCAUAUCUGUGAAACAUUCACUUCUAGCCAUGUAUAUUUUCCAUGAAUAUCUAGACUACAAAGAUAAAAUGACUUAAAUUAAUGUCACAAUACUAGUCUUUUUGUAUGAAUGCUGUUUGGAGGUUGUUCUUGUUUUUAUAUUCCAAUGUAAAUAAUAAUAAAAAGAUCAUGCAGAAUGUUGUAUUAAAGCAUGCCUGUUAUAGAAAAAAUACUAAUAAUUUUAACAUUAUAUUAGAAACGAUAUAAAUAUAGUUGUAGUUUGUUAUUUUAGUUUAAGCUUGAUGUACCCUAGGCUCCAGAGGUUCAGUUUCUCUUCCUGUGUUUGAAACAAGGAAGUGCUUUCCGUUAAAACAGCAAAUGCUGGAGAGAGAAAAUAACCUCUGAAUCCCAGGGUAAGCCAGAACAACCUCUAAAGAUCAGGAAUUCAUACAUUUUUGUAAUUUAGAUCCAAGGCAUCAUAAAUAUUAGUAAACCCUUUGAAGUAUAUGUUUCCUACUGUUCAAAAUCUCCAACAAGUAUUCAUCAAUAAAUGAGAGAUGUCAUAAGAAAAAUAAACUUCUUUGCUAAUUCAA